GGGCAAGAACGAAAAGUCGAUAAUAUCGAAGUGGAAGCGAAUAGCCAAAGUCGAAGUGCGUUUUGUACGGUGGGGAUAGUCUUUGCUGCCUGAGAAAUACAAACGAGAUGGCUACUCUGUCGAGAUCCUUCUCUCCAAUCCAAAAUCCUCAAACCCACCUCUUGUCCGGUCCUUUGAAGCCGCCAACUGACCAAUGUUUUCUGAAAGUUAGCUCCAGUGAUUCAUCUCUAGGUACCACUUCCUGUGGUAAAGUAAAACUUGAGACAAAUAAAAGGUUGUUUACUGUUCGAGCAGGUGGGGAUGUUGGAAGACCAAACACUGCAAGUAUCUUUGUUGGUGGCUUUGUGUUGGGAGGCAUAGUUGUGGGAACAUUAGGCUGCAUAUAUGCACCUCAGAUAAGUAAGGCACUGGCUGGAGCUGACAGAAAAGAUCUGAUGAGGAGGUUACCAAAAUUCAUAUAUGAUGAGGAGAAAGCCUUGGAGAGGACCCGUAAAAUAUUAACUGAGAAGAUUGCACAAUUGAAUUCUGCCAUAGAUGAUGUUUCUGCUCAGCUGCGAGCAGAUGAUGCUCCUAAUGGAACUGCAGUGAAUUCAGAUGAGGUUGAAGCUUCUAUAUAACAAAAUACUAGUCGAAAUUUCCAUAUAAAUGAGUCAUACGAGUUUAUACAAUCCAGUAUGUAUGAAAUCUAAGUCAAGCCCGACCUUACCAUAUAUCAAUAUGGAGUCAAUUUGAUUACAACCUUAGAAUAAAUGUCACUACUAGCUAGCAGCAAUAUUAAAAGCACCUUUGCCAUGGGCCAUUUCAUGGACGUCCUUCGACAGACACAGACUGUAGUGCCACAGCAUGUUUAGUUCACUUGUUAUGGGUCCUCCAAUAUCACUAGCAGUUGUGCAGUA